UCCGGCAAAGCCCACGACAUGUCAUCCUGCUCCUUUCUCAACCAUCUCCGGAAAGUUGUUGAGAGUGAUGGCUUCCAGUCCAUUUGGUGGGGCGAUGACGGAGACUUCAUUGUGAUUGAGGAGCCGUUCUUCACAACAGAAGUACUGGCCAGAGGAGGAGUUUUUGAUGUUGGCAACAUGAAAGAUUUUGUUCGUCUCCUUCAUCACCAUGGCUUCUACAUCGUGGAUGCAGAUUUGCCAACCUCUGCCUCCCGUGCUCGGUUCCUAGCAGAGGGAGCAUCAAUUUCUACUCCUAGCGAGUUACUCUGCUACUAUCACCCCUAUUUCAAGAGAGGUCGUCUUCAGUGCCAGAGAAGAUUCAAGCGGAGUGUUGGUGCUAGAAGGAGAAGACCAGCUGCCUCCUCGCAGGCCCUGGCUUGGAAGGAGGGCCAGCAGAGCAGCAGCCUGCAGUCAGAGAUGCAGUCAGGCGCUGCUGCGUGGGCGGGCAGUGAGCUCCCUGUCAGCAGCUGCAGUGCCGCUCCUGCUGCUCCUGCUGCUGCAGAUCACAGCGCACGUCCAGUCCCAAGCGGUCCUUUUCCACCGGGGCUGGGACCCGAUAGCGGA